UCCUGUUAGGAAACCAUGUGUAGCUCAAGUGUGAUUUUAAGCCAAAUUUACAUACAAACAAAACUGUGUCUUCACUGGUGGAUACCUUAAUUUAUUUUGCUUUGAUUAAGAUAAGAUAAAGUGAUUUUUGUAGGAAUUUACAUUUGUGAAACAUGGAACUUUGCUUGAAGGAAAGUCAUGAAACAACAAAAUGUCUUGGCACUGCAGAUGAUAUUCAGGGAAUAUGGAGCAAGGCAUCCAAGUAACAACAUCUUCAGGAUUUCCUACGGCCGUCUCCAGCAACAACAUCACCAACAACACAGAGUGUCCCCAUUAUGAAAUAUGGGACUGGUUGUACAUUAUGCAGCCAUCUUAUAUGUUUGUCAUAUGUGUUUUAGGAAUCAUCGGAAAUGUCUUCGUCCUGCUGGUGUUCGGGCUCCACAAGAAAGCGUGCACAGUGGCCGAAAUCUACCUGGGAAAUCUGGCAGCUGCUGAUCUCUUAUUGGUCUUGUGUCUUCCAUUCUGGGCCAUCAACAUAGCCAGUGGUUUUAAUUGGCAGUUUGGCUCGCUAAUGUGUUGUCUGGUCAAUACCGGCAUUAGAAUGAACAUGUUUUGCAGUAUUUAUUUUCUUGUAUUGGUUAGCGCCGACCGCUACAUAGCCCUGGUCCAUGCCAUGUCGAGCAGUCGAAUGAGACGACCGCGGUACGCCAAGCUCGGUUGCAUCACGGUCUGGUUUUUCGGUUUAGUCCUCAAUAUCCCAACGCUUCAUUUCCGAGACACCAAAUACCUCGAAGAACUCAAAGUUACGGCUUGCAUUUUAAACUACCCGAGUCCUGAGAUCGGACUUGGUUGUGACAUUCUACUUAUCCUGCUUGGCUUUCUCAUUCCACUAUUGGUCAUUUCCUAUUGCACGUAUCAGAUCAUUCGAGCACUGCAUGAGCAGGUUAUGGAUCGGUUCAAUGCGGAGAACACUGAACAGAAGGCCACGGUUCUUGUGCUGGUUGUUCUAUCAGCGUUUCUACUAUGUUGGGUUCCGUUCCACCUGAUAACUCUACUGGAUAUUCUGAUGCGGUUUGGAGCCAUCAGUGGAUGUGAUGCAGAAACAGGUCUUGAUGUUUCCAACCAGAUAUGCACCUACUUGGCUUUGAGCAACAGCGUGUUGAACCCGAUUCUCUAUGUGAUUGUUGGCAAGAACUUCAGGAAGAAAGUUAGAGAGCUAAUAAAACAACUUAAAAAAGGGAGAAAAGACACAAGUGGUUCUACGAGGUCGCAACUGUCAACGUUAAAGACCCUCACAACAUAUUAAGACAUGACUAAACAAGACGGAUGGUAUGUUCAUAGGCACAUAUUGAAAUUAUAAUUGCGACAUAAGAAUGAUGUCUUUGCUAUAUGCUGGACAUGUUCAUGUGAUCCCAACACAUGCUUUUGGUAUAAUUAUGUAACAUAUUUGUUCAUAUACAUUUUUGUAUUUGUAUUAUAUUUGUACUUUUCCAAGGGUCACCUCAUAAGUCAGGUGUCAUUGUAGCAACAUUUUGCCUGCAUCAUGAAAACGUCAUAUUCGGAUAUUACUGUAUCUGUUUAACCCCAAUGUUUUAUCAUACUACAAUAUACAUUAGUUUAGUCACAUUAUACUAGCAUAUCAAUAUUUUAGAUUCCCUUACUCAACCCCAUUCCUAAGCCUAACCACUUAUCAACAAUAUAAGGCUACGCCACAUUAAUCCGGAUACAUUUGAAAAGGGUGUUUUCAUUUUUAAACGCCCUUCAUCCACUAUGCCAUUUUCAAGCAUUUUUCAUAAGUUGCUCAUCCAUACUAAAAUGUAAGAAAACUCUUAAAUCCCCUUACUGCGCGUGCAAAAAAUCGCCAUUCCAUGUACGGUCUGAAACGCAACUGUCAACGUGUUCUGUCGUCGAACAGAAAUUCUGAGUAAACUUCCUUUCGCCUUUGAAGGAUUGCAUUGUGAAGGUUGUACAAAGUAACAUUUAUCUAUAAAGACGCUAUCAAAGUGGAUAGCAGGCACAAAAACGUCACUACAACAUGGGCCGCCAUCUUGAUUAUUCACUUUGAUAGUGUUGUUAAAGAUAAAUGUUACUUUGUACAGCCACCGCAUUGCAUUAUUUCAAAUGCGAAAGGAAGUUUACUCAGAAUUGCUGCCUGACGACGGAACACGAAAACAAGUGCGUUUCAGACCAUACAUGGAAUGACGAUUUUUCACAUGCACAGUAAAGGACUUAAGUGUUUUCAUACAUUUCAGUAUGGACGAGCAACUUUUGGAUGGAGAACAUUUCGAAAACAAAAGCAAAAACGCUGUUUUAAAAUGUAUCUGGUUUAAUGUGGACGUAGCUUGAAGGUUUUAAUAGCUGAAAAUCUUCCUCUCCCUGAAGGCCGUCACAUCUCAUUCAAGAAUAUACAUCCAAACAUUAGAAUGUUGCAAUUGGUCACAAGACACGCGAGCGCCAAUGGCAUUUGACAUCAUUGACGUCAAAGCUGUCGAGGCGGCAAUUUUUGAAUGUUUAAUUUACGAAACGUAGGAUGGCAUAGGAAGAGUCAUUUACAUUCAUCAGAAACACACUUUAAGUGAUUUAAACUUAAGCUUUAAAAGAAUAGUUCACCCAAAAAUAAAAAUCCUCUAUUAUUCACUUACCCUGAUGCUAU